AUGAAAUCAAAAUCAGAUAAUACCAGUGAUUUAGACCCAAGAGAUCAAAUAGCCCUCAGUGACUUAGAAUCACUCCUGGCAGAAAAUGAGCUAGAACUCACAAUAGAAAAUCCACCCAGUAUAAGCCCAACAGACCCAAAAUAUGCAUUCAAACCUAAGUCAGAAUAUAUGCCUUCUCUAUCUUUGGUCCCAGCGGUCAACCUUUUUGUCAAAAAAAUGGAGAAAGAAAUUGAAAAUCUAACUCCACGACAGGAGAGUGACAACUUGGAGCCUAGAGAGAGGAAGGCUUUAAAAGAACUGAUGUUGGCUAGAGGUCUGGUGAUGAAGCCCGCCGAUAAGGGGGGGAAUCUGGUUAUUCUUGAUGAACAGUUGUAUGUUAAUGAAGUUAAGCGCCAACUUCAUGACAAGAACCAAUAUGAAAAAAUAAGCAGUAACCCACUUACACAUACUCAGAAUUCCUUGUUUAAGAUACUUAAUGAUGCUAGAAGUAAGGGGAUAAUUAGUCAAAAUGAGUUCAAAUUUAUGUACCCUAAAUUUCCUGUCAUGCCAGUUUUCUAUAUACUGCCGAAAUUGCAUAAAAACAUGCAAUGCCCCCCGGGGAGACCGAUUGUCUCGGGGAUCGGCAGUAUAACAGAAAAAAUUGGGGAGUAUGUAGAUAAACAUCUGCGCCCCUUCCUUCUAACUUUACCAUCAUACGUCAAGGAUACAACAGAUUUGUUAAAAAAACUGGAUGGUGUAGUAGUGGGAGAAAAAACCAUUCUAGCUUCCCUAGAUGUGGAGAGCCUUUACUCUUCCAUUCCCCACAAUGUGGGCCUACUAGCAAUCAAAAGAUUCCUUGAAACAAGGGGUCCAAGAUACUUGGAACAUACAGAAUUUAUGAUGGUGCUUUUGGAGUUCAUUUUAAAAAAUAAUGUUUUUUCUUUUGAUGGGCAGGUGUUCCGCCAGAUACGCGGAACUGCAAUGGGGGCAGUAUGUGCCCCCACUUAUGCAUGUCUCCAUCUGGGGUCAUGGGAAUCUGAUAUUUUUGAACAACAUGUCGACACUUUUGAUAAUAAAGUGCUGAUGUGGGUAAGAUAUGUGGACGAUGUUCUAGUCUUAUGGGAUGGAACAGUAGAGGAAUUUAAUACAUUUGUUUCCAUCUUAAACCAUAAUGACAGGAACAUCUUCCUCACAUCAGAAACAAGUGAAAGGGAAUUGAAUUUCCUAGACAUUACCCUGAAAAAAGAAGGUCUGAAAAUAGUGACUGAGAAUUAUCGAAAGAAGAAUGCCACUAACAGUAUUCUUCAUGCUAACAGUAGCCACCCCAAUCAUUUAAAAAGAGGAAUACCAUAUGGGCAGUUCCUUCGUUUAAGAAGAAAUUGCUCUUCACUCUCAAAAUUUGAUAUCCAUGCCCAGCAAAUGAAGGAGAGAUUCCUUCAAAGGGGAUAUUCAAAUAAAUGUCUAAAGAAAUCCCUUUGGAAGGCUCGAAAAAUGUCGAGGGAUGAUCUACUGUAUGGAGAAAGGAUAAAAACUAAGGGGAAUCAGAUUAGAUUUAUCUCUAUGUAUAAUGAUCAAUGGAACAAUAUCAGAUUGGCUAUGAAAAGAAAUUGGCACAUUCUCACCUUGGAUGAGAAAGUGAGACAAGCUAUAGGAGAUAUACCACAGAUGGCAGCCAGAAAGGCACAGAGCCUACGAGAUAAGCUGGUAAAAAGUCAGUUUGUCAGAGGACCCUCUGAUGCUGACUGGUUACGAAAAGAUAAGGGAAUAAAAGUGCACAGUAGAAGUGAAGCAAUUGAAAUGUUUCAAAAUCUUGUAGAGUUAGAACUCACUAGUUUGCACUCCACCUUAGAGUCUGCACCAAGUACAGCUACCAACCCCACGAGUAAACACAAUUUAUCUAUUAGUGAACAACAAGCACUAAAGACACUUAGCAAUAAUAAGGAUAUAGUGGUCACCCCGGCGGAUAAAGGGGGUGCGGUAGUAAUCCUCAACACAGAAGACUACAAAAGAGAAGUGAUGGAUCCUAGAGCAGAUGAAUCAACCACAGAAAUGUCUUGCUUAGGUCGCCCAUUUUCCCUUGGGAUGUUGUAUGACUGCCGGGAAGACAAACUUAUCCCAGGUAUCACUUUAUGGAACCAUGAAGCCUUGAGAGAGGAUGUGGUGUCAGAAUCCCAAGAGGAAACAUCAUGUGAAAUUAUAACAUCUGACACUGUUUCAGACAAAUCCUCUGCUAUGAAUAUUAAUGCAUCAUUGGAGGCCAGUUUCCUUUGUGGUCUGGUAACAGUUUCUGGAUCAGCUACUUACAUGAACGAUACUAAGAGAUCUAGAAACCAGGCCAGAGUGACUCUGAAAUACUCAAGAACCACAAAGUUUGAGCAGCUGAGUAUGAACCAUUUAGGUACCAAGAACAUGACUUACCCUGAUGUUUUUGACAAAGGGACAGCCACUCACGUGGUCACUGGUAUAUUAUAUGGUGCACAGGCUUUCUUUAUAUUUGAUCGAGAUGUGUCCAUAUCAGAAAACACUCAGGAUAUACAAGGAAAUCUCCUAGCCAUGAUAAAAACAAUACCCCAAGUUUCAGUUGGAGGGCAAGUGUCUCUAUCUAUGAAUGAUAAAGGAGGAGAACAGGUUAAUAAGAUUACUUGUACGCUUCAUGGUGACUUUCCAAUAGACAGGAACCCAGUAACAUAUGAAGAUGCCAUUAGAACCUAUAGGAGACUCCCAAAGUUACUGGGAGACAAUGGGGAAAAGGCUGUACCUGUGAGAGUCUGGUUGCAUCCCCUAAAUAAACUGGAUAAUAAAGCUGCCAAGUUAGUUAGAGAUAUUAGUAGGAAUCUUGUCUUAAAAGCAGAAAGUGUUGUCCAAGAAAUGGCAGAUGUGAACAUGCAAUGUUAUGAUCUGAUGAGACAUCCGGCUGCAGAAACCUUCCCAGAUAUCAAGAAGAAAAUCACUCAGUUUAUGGAGCUUUGUAAGCAGUUUACUCUCAUCUUUCAAAAUCAACUUGCACAAACCUUACCCUCAAUCCGUAGAGGUGCAUUAGAGGAGGUGGCACUAGUGGACAUAUUAACUAGUGUAGAACAAUCUCCAUUUGGAAAGGUCCAUACUGAAGAAUUUUUAACCCUAAAAAAACAGGAGUUGGAAGUUGUGGAAUAUUAUAUGAGUAUAUUACCAAAUAUCCCAGUUUUAGCAACUAAUGGUGCACUAAAUAAAUUUGUAGCUUCUUCAGUAAAUCAGUAUGUAGUGUGUUACAUUUUUUCAUCACUAAAUAAGGAGGAGCCAUAUCUAUGUGACCUUAGUCAUUGUUUCGAAACUCAUCAACAGAAGUCUGAAAAUAAUGUCUAUGAGAAAAAGAAAAUCAUGCCAUGGUUCAAGGUCACUGAUACCUCUGAAAAGAUAACACAAUAUAUGGAAGCAUUUAAACAUUUUUCAAAAGUCAAUGCUUCUACUGAUAAGAUUAAAUAUAUUAUCUCAUCAGUUCCAGACCAACGUUACCUUGGAGUUUCCAUAUACCUGUAUGAUAACUGUAAGUUAGUGAGUACCCAGUUUGAGCCUCCAGUUAAACCUCAUCUGCCUUUUAUCAAAAGUAAAACCCAUAAUAGUGUGGAACUUGUCCUCAAACCUGCUGAAUUUGGAAAGAAUGUUAUAAAAAGUUAUACCAUAGAAUACAGAUGUCCUAAAGAUGAGAGCUGGACCAUUGUAAGAACAGAGGACGCUAAUGAGACAGUCACAAUCAGAGGACUGAAACCUAACUCAAUAUACCAAAUUAGAUACUCUUCUGUUUGUAUUUUAGGACUUAGUGAGGCUAGUGAGGUUCUAAAUGAAGUGAGGACAUGUCCAACAAGCCCACCUGAAGCAAUAAAAGUUACUGCUGGGUCAUCCACACUUACAUUACAUUGGAAGGAACCUGCAGCAAUUGGAGAUGGAGUCACAGUAGCGGAUUAUGUAGUUGAAUAUAAAGAAGAUGUUGAUAAUGGACAACAGGGUUGGCUUAUAAAAAAAUUAGGAAAAAAAGUAGAAAAAUAUAUUAUUGAGGGACUUAUACCAAUGGCACAUUACCUAAUCCGUGUGUCAGCUGAAUGUGGGGAUAAUGGGCUCAGCCAUCCAAGUGAUGAAAUAAAUGUUUCAACACUAAAAGAGCACAUUAAACAUGUACUAGUUAAGAAAAGUAGUUUGUUAAAAAAUGAAAAACCUUCAGUAUAUCAGCUACCAAUCAAUCCCUGUGAAAAACCUUAUCAACAAUACAGCUUAGGAGAGAUGAACUGGUCUAAGACAAAUAAAGUGAUAUUGUUAAUAGGAGCCACAGGUACAGGAAAGACAACACUGAUAAAUGGAAUGGCCAACUACAUCCUGGGAGUAGACUGGGAAGAUGACUUUAGAUUUAAACUUGUACAUGAGGUUACAAAUAAGUCUGAAGCUCACAGCCAAACCUCUCUGGUCACAGUGUAUCAGAUGAAUCAUGAAGAUGGAUACAACAUUCCCUUCACCCUCACCUUGAUAGACACCCCAGGAUUUGGAGACACUCGAGGUAUAGAACAGGACAAAAAGAUCAUGGAAGCCAUCCAUGCGUUCUUUACAAAUGACAGUGACAUUGUCCAUAUCGAUGCUGUGUGCUUUGUAGUUCAGUCUUCUUUGGCACACACACAGAAAUACAUUUUAAAUUCAGUGUUUUCUAUUUUUGGAAAGGAUAUCAAGGACAAUAUACUGAUUCUUAUAAACUUUUCAGAUAGAGAGAGACCCCCAGUACUGGAGGCUAUAAAAGCUGUUGACUUACCCUACUCUCUGGACAGCAAUGGAGACCCUGUUCACUUUAAGUUUAAUAAUUCAGCUCUGUUCGCUAAUAAUCAGACAAGUAACAUGAGUUUUAAUAAGAUGUUCUGGGACAUGGGCAAAGACAGUAUGGAAAUAUUCUUUACAUCAUUAAAUCAAAUGAAGACUAAAAGUCUUAAACUGACUAAGGAAGUUCUUAAAGAAAGGAAGGAACUUGAGGUCACCCUACAGGCUUUACACCCACAGAUCAAGUCUGGGCUGGCACAGCUAGAAGCAAUAAGACAAACAGAAAGAGCUUUGCAGCAGCACAGAAGUUUAAUGGAAGACAAUAAAGAUUUUGAGUUUGAGAUAACAGUAACUGUACCAUUACAAAAAGACACAGGGGGUAAAUUUGUAACUAACUGUAUGCAGUGUAACUUCACAUGUCACUUUCAUUGUGCAUAUGGGGAUGACAAAAUUGUAAAACACGGUUGUGCUAUGACAAAUGGGUAUUGUACAAAAUGUCCUGAUAAAUGUGUCUGGUCUGUUCAUCACAACCAAAAGUACAGGUGGAUAUAUGAGGAGCGAAAAGAGAAGAGAACUUAUGAAGAGAUAAAAAAUAAUUUUGAAAAAGCUUCUGGGGAGGUGAUGACUGCAGAAAAUAUAUUCACAAAACUAAAUGAUGAUUAUAAAAUUGUGAGACAAAAUGUGUUUAAUCUGAUAAACCGAGCCUCGCAGAGUCUGACACGACUCCAUGAAAUUGCCUUGAGACCUGACCCCCUGACAACCACAGAAUACAUCGACCUGAUGAUAGAGUCUGAGAAGCAGGAAGCUAAACCCAGAUAUCAGGAGAGGAUCAAGUCACUGACUGAGGUCAAAGAGACAGCCGAGAUUAUAAAGAAGAUUGAGAAGGGUGAAGCUUUGUUACCAGAGGAAGAGGAUAAACUUCCAGAAGACGUAAAGAAAGGCCUAGUAGAGUCUGGUAUAGGUUUUCUAAAAACAGCUUAUAAUACAUUUACCACAUCUCUUAGCACUUCCAAAAAUGAAGGAAAACGGUUCACCAACUAAUACACUUGGUAAAACACAUACGUAUCUGAACAAACUGUUUUAGUGCAGACAAAUGUAAUAUGCUGCAGCAGGUACCUGACAUUACUUCAUACAUACCUUGUUUUUUGUUAACGAUUAUUUAAUUAGUCACACUCAUAUUUAUCCAGAUUUGUAUCCCACUUUGCCUCAUAAAUAAUGCAGUGUUUUAUUUGCCUGAACUAGACAGAAAUCCCUAAAUAAGAGAGAGAUGUAUAAAUAUAUAUAUAUAUAUAUAUAAAGCAAUCGUAUCCAGCACUUUGACCACAAGAAUAUAUAAAGAAAAAUUAAAGGAAAAUACUCCAAACCAAUUAUAUAAUACCAAACAAACAUAUUGUUCAUUGCUAAACCAAGAUAAAUAACGGUUAAGGAUUGUAUAAAGCUUAGAUAGAAUGCAAUCAUACAUAUAGCUAAAGAACAUGAUCUAAGCUAAGAGUAUAUUGCCAACCUCCUAAUAGUCCCAUGUGUAUUACUGAGCCUAUGGACUAUGAGGCCAAUUUAACCAUGCCUUGCAAUCAGGAUACGCUGUAACGUAUCAUGUCCGCCAGACAUCAGCGUUUAGCAUUGCGCAAGCAGUUCUAGUGAACUGCUUGUGCAAUGCUGCCCCUGCAGAUUUGCGGCCAAUCGGCCACUAGCAGGGGGAGUCAAUCAACCCAAUUGUAUUUGAUCAGAUUGAUUGCUAUCUGCCACUCAGAGGCGGCGUACCAGUUAAGGAGCAGUAGCUACUUUACUGCUGUUUCCCACGAGCCUGAAGGCUCGUGCGGAAACAGAGGGACCAGGGGCCAUUCGCCCCUUGAUAAUUUGACCCCUAUGUGUUUAUAAUAUGAGGCAGAUCACCCAUAAUAUUGUAAAUUUAUACAUUUUCCUUAGAGCUACAGGGAUGCAGAAUUAUACUAUGCUGCCAGUAUAUACUUCAUAGCUUGGGUAUAUUAAUAGCCAGUCUUCUUAAGAAAGGAAAGGAUUUAACAAUCUGAACUAACUAAACACUUGGGGACAAAUCCAUCACCUAAUCUCCUAUAUAGAUCCAGAGCUCACUGCUACUGGUGGGUCGCUCUUUAUCAGUAACACAUUGGUCCCUCCUUGACAACAACAAGAUGAGGACACCAGGGCUUAUGGUUACAACAUUGAGAUACAACUAACACAAUCCUUACUGCAGCAAUGCUCACCUGGCAGCCUACAGUUACAGCUUAUUUCACCCAUAAUGCUUUUCUCUUCUAGCUCAUAUGUUAAUACUUUAUUGUAUCAUUGUUGCUUAUGAUGAUUUAUUGAUGUUUCAGUAUUCACUUGCACUGAUUAUUUCUCCUGAUUAGUAAAAUAAAAUGUAAUCAUAACAAUAAGCAAA